CCAAAGAAAUAAUUUUGGGGUGACUAGAGAAUUCUAUACGAAAAUACCUCUAAAUAUUUUUACGAAACUAAAGAGAAUAUCUUUUAUAUCUUUAGAGGAAGUCUCUAUCAAGACAUCAAACACACGUGUUGACAAAAUGAAAAAAAAACGCCAAAAGUUUGUAAAACCAGGUCAGAGUAAGGACUCUGACAACGAGGAUCCAAACCCAGAGAGUCAUGAAUAUUUCCAUGAUGACAUCGAUGAUUUUCAUGCCAACAAAGAUAAAAUUUCUCUUGACAAUGUGGAAAUGGCUGAGGCAUCAAGCUCUGAUGAAGAGGAGAUGGUACUGGGCAUUGAAUCUGACUCUGAAGAGGAGGAUGAGAGUAAUCUGUACCAAAAAUGUAAGCAGCAGCUGAAGUUUAUGAAAGAAAAGAACCUGCGAGAUGCUAAAUACAACAAACUUAAAGUGAAAAAGGAAGAAUAUAACAAGAAAUGGGGAGAUAAAAAGUAUGUUUUCUAUGGAGGUCUUGGAGAUGAAGAAUAUAUUCUGUCUGGUUCUGAUGGUGAAAUCGAUGCUGCAAUUCUUGAAGAGAAAGAAGCGCUGUCACUCCAAAAGAAGAUGGCCCAAAACUUGGAUGAUGCUGAUUUUGGCUUUGACAUGCUUGCUCCUCCAGAAAAAUCUGAAGCUACAACAGAGAAGAUCACCAAAGAUUUGACAAAACUUUCCAAGAAAGAGAAGCUAGAGAUCGUGAAGAAAGAAUCUCCAGAAUUGUUGGAACUUCUCAAUGAUCUAAAAGUCAAGCUCACAGAAGUGAAGGAUGUACUCCUCCCGCUUCAACAGUUACUGCUAGAAGAAGAAGAGACUGUUCCAGCUCAGACGUUGGCCUAUGUUCAGCUGAAGCUUCGUCUCACCCUAAGUUAUUGCAUAAACGUCAACUUCUAUCUGAAAUUGAAGAGUGACCGGUUCCCAGUGAAGAAUCACCCGAUUGUGAAGCGUCUCUUACAGUAUCGCAAUCUUUUGAAGCAGAUGCAGCCACUUGAUGAACAAUUCCACAGUGAAAUGGAAAUGUUGGCCACAUGUCUGAAAUCUGGAGAAGAAGUUCAGUUUGUUCCCAUUGAUGAAACCGAUAUAGCACCAAAGCAACAGCAGUUAAGCAAAGUUCCAAAAGAUGAAAUGGCAGAAACAAAUGGAGAAGGCCUCAUUGAUUCUAACCAUAUUGAUGCUGAUGAUGAGGAAGAGAUUAAUGGAGAGGGUGCUGAUAAAAAGAGAGCAAUUACUUACCAGAUGGAGAAGAACAAAGGUUUGACUCGAUAUAGCAAGAAGGAAAAAGCUAAUCCUCGUGUGAAGCACAGGACAAAGUUCAAGAAGGCCAAAAUUCGAAGAAAGGGACAGGUUCGACAGCCGAUGACCGAGAUGAAGCGCUAUGGGGGAGAGUUGUUUGGUAUUCGCUCUGGUGUCAAACACAGCAUCAAGCUGAAAUGAUGGACCACGUUGAACCACAGCAAACAUAAAGAGGGUUUUAUUUCUGGACCAUUCUCAACUGCUCCUGCGGUUCUUUAUAUGGCAGCAUUGUCUUUUGCACACACUCUCUGUGUGUACAAGCACGUGCAAUUUAUGUAUAUAUAUAUAUAUACCGUAUUUGUGUGUAUAAUAUACAUAUAUAUAUACACAUUAAUACACACAUUAAAAAUAUAAAACAUA